AUGGAUAAUGAAUUUGAUCGAUACUAUAUAAAAAUUCAGACUAUUUUGGGAAUAGAUCCAAAGAAAAUUCACGAAGAACUUGCAACAGCUUUGGGACCCAAUGCUCCAUCAUAUCAAACAGUUACAAGACUUCAUACAUAUACCAAAGAUCCAUUACCACCUUCUGCACCAAGAAAAACUCGACCAUCAACAAAGAAUAAAAUUGAUAAAUGUCUUACAUCAAUCAGUCCUCAUGUUCAGAAAUUGAUUUAUACUGAAGCCAUUGAUAAACGAAAAGGUGCUAUUCUGUCUGGUAAGCUACCAUUGAAUCCUGAGCAGUAUACUCUGAUGCAAAAACUUGGUGCAACAUGA